ACUUUUUCUUCGAGCCGCAGCCGCGGUAUCGCCCCGGGACGAAGCUCUCCUCUCCCAGCAGUUCUGGGCCAGGGGCUCUUUGCAAGCCCCUUCCUUCCUCUCCUCGAGACCUGUGGCAGCGUCAUGGACCAAAAGAAGCCUCGUUCCCCGCCGGUUAACCUCAACGAGUUGCCGGACGACUCUCCCCACGUGAGAGCCGCUGUUGCAAAGUUGAGGCGCAAAGCCAUGGAAGAGAACUUACAGGUCCGGCAGUCCGACCUUUCCGACACCCGUCUGAUCUGCUUUUUGCGGUGUCGAGACUUCGACGACAACCUGGCCUGGAAGGUCUUUAAAAACUAUCACAAAUGGAGAAUGGAAUAUACAGAAAUAAGUACAAGUCUACAGCCGUCCUCUGUUCUUGGCCUGUUGCAAGCUGGCUAUCUUGGAGUCUUGAAAGAGAGGGAUUCAAGUGGUUCCAGAGUUCUCUUGUAUAGAAUUGCACAAUGGGACCCUAAGAUAUUUACACCAGAUGACAUCUUUUGUGUAAGUCUUAUGUCAUCUGAGCUUCUUGCAAGAGAGCUAGACACCCAGCGGAAUGGAGUCAAGGUGAUCUUCGAUCUCCAAGGAUGGAAAUAUGCUCAUGCAUUUCAGUUCACUCCAGUGGUGGUCAAGAAAAUAGCUGUUAUACUCACAGAUGGUUUCCCACUAAAAAUUCGUGGAAUCCACAUAAUUAAUGAGCCUUUGACUUUUUACCAUAUUUUCAAUCUAGUGAAGCAUCUCCUCCCUGAAAAAAUAAAAUCACGGAUCCAUCUGCAUGGAAAUAACUCUGCACAUGGGCUCCAGAAAUAUAUGCCAGCCAGCAUUCUCCCAAAAGAAUAUUAUGGUGAAGCCGGUUCUGCUGAAGAACUUUCUAAAGAGUGGACUGACUUUGUAAUGGAAUCUGCAGAUUAUCUUCAAAGUCUUUCUGUUCCUGAACAGCCCGCUGACAUUGAGUAAACUGUAUCUGGGAGGAACAGAAUUAUUUGAUUAUUAACCAGAACAAGGUACCGAUGAAGCUAAUGCCAUGGGUUGCAGAAUCCAAAGGUCAUGGAAAAUUCCAGCUGCUUUAAAUAGGUAUUGGCCCAGAGUCCCGUCCCUAAAAGAAGCAGUCAACAGUGUGUGUUUGUGUGUAUAUAUACACACACACACACAUGCAUGCAUCCAUACAUAUAACAGAUGCUUUUUGGCCCCUUUUAAUCACCUGAUGCUAAGUCAAUGUAUAGAUUUGACUUAGAUAAUGCAAAAUUGCUUUUGGAUCAGUGUUAGAUGUUAUGAUUUCAGAAUAAGGUUACUAGAGAACAAAAUGAGAAAGUUUAACGAUAUGUGUACGUUUUAUGUGAAGGGGAAUUGUCUCCUCCCUAGAAAAUGUUAUACAACUUCUAACCACCUGCUGAAAUUCAGCCUGCCAAAAUGUAAAGACAGCUUGGGCUGGAUCAGACCAAAUGUUUUCCUAGUGGCCAGCUAGAUGCCCUGGAGAAGCUGACAAGCAUGGUGAAAUACCAAUACCCCAUUUCUUGUGUUCAUAUCUGGUAUUUGGAUCUUUCCCUAUAUUUAUGCCUUCUGUGGAAUAAAUAUCUCUUUUAUUCAUUUUGGAUUCCUCUGUUGUCAGUGGGUUCUUUCUCAGCUCUUUACGUGCCUACUUAGGGCACAUAAGUGCCUACUUAGAAUUAAGUGCUAUAGACUGUGCUACCCAACCCAAGUUUCUUUGGUUAACAUAAAUCAAAUUUGCUAUAUUUGACAUAACAUGUUAUGUCAAAACAAACCCUAUCAAGGUAUGUGAUGGCCUGGUUCACACAGUCUUGAUUUGUUUAGUUUGUGCCUAGUAACACUAUGGUUUAAAACUCACAAUAUGCUUUGAUACAUUGUGUAAGUAUACCCAUAGCAUUUAAUGGGACUUCCUCUCAAGUAAACUCAGGGUGUUAUUUCAUGAUGCAAACUCACAAGGGGUUAAUAAGUAGCUAUGUAUCAGUUGGCAUAGCAAUUACUCUUCUUUACUACUGAUUUUUUAAAUCUUAGCUUUUGUUCCUCUAAGAUUUAACGGUACUUGACAUAAUUCUCAGAAAUGUGGAUUUGGGAGGUUCAAUUGCUAUAAGAAAAAAAUUUAUAAAAAUAUUACCCAUACUAGAAAGCCACUAAUGCUAUUCUAACAAGAGGCACACCUUUAUAGCAAUCUGGACACAAUAUCCAUCUGAAUGAAAAAUGCAGGUUGGUAGCAGAAACAUCCCUCAAUUUUUAAAUAAAUACUUUUUCAGACCCUAUAAAGGAGAUAUUUGAUAAAAUACUCAAUUUGAAAUAACAAGUAGGUGGUAUAUAUACAUACACACAUAUAAGCAUCCUGUCAUGUUCACCAUUUCAAUGUUCUGUUAACAUCGUAACAUUUCACAUGUCAAACCUUUCAUCCGUGUAUCCUACGCUUGUACUUUUGCUGGUAUUUUCCAUUCAUGCUCUACGUUUUGUUUUGUUUUGUUACUUUGGAAUGUAUGUUUGGGUUUGCAAUCCUGUUCAAGGUUACUUUCCCAGGCACAUGUAACGGUUGCUAGCACCUGGGAGGGGGUGGUCGCUAACGAGCGCUCGGGGCGGGACUGGGCUGGAAGCAAGGCUUUUAAGUUUGUAUUUGGCGCGCUUUUGCUCAUCCUCAGCUUUCUCUGUAUUUGCAUACUAUUCCUUUAAUAAAUCAGUUAUCUUUAA